AUUUCGCCUUCGCCCUUUACACAUCAAUUCUUCCGUCUCAUCCUCCAUCAUCCUCAGCCCUCGCACACACAUCCUUGUCACCCUAGCUUCAUCCCUCCCCUUGUCCUCACAUCGUCUUCACAUCAUCUCCCCGUUCACAUCUACAGCAAGAUGUCCGAUGCCAAGUUCUUCCAGCGAGGCAAGAUCCAAGAGCUUCGCAUGGAGCUCAAUUCGGACAAAAAGGAUAGGAACCACACCCGCAAGAAAGCGACUUUGAAAAAGAUUGUCGCCAACAUGACCAUGGGCAACGAUAUGUCUUCACUCUACCCCGAUGUCAUUGCGUGCAUGUCCAUCCCUGUGCUCGAGGUCAAGAAGAUGGUCUACCUCUUCCUAAUCAACUAUGCGAAAGGCAAGCCAGAUAUGGCCCUCGACGCUAUUAAUACCUUCCGUCGGGAUGUUGAGGACCCCAACCCACUGAUCCGAGCACUGGCCAUCCGAACCAUGGGCUAUAUCCACGUCGAUAAGGUCACGGCCUGCUUGAUUCAACCCCUGCGUCACUGCAUGCGCGAUCAGGAUCCAUAUGUUCGCAAGACCGCCGCUGUCUGUGUAGCAAAGAUGUUUAUGCAGGAUCGCCACCUUGUUGAGAAUGCAGGAUUCAUUGAUCUCUUGCGCGACAUGCUCGUCGACUCGAACCCCUCGGUUGUUGCAAACGCUGUCGCUGCGCUGACAGAGAUCUCUGAAAGAUCUGACCAUAUCCAGCUCAAACUCAACAUGUCGAUUGCCAGCAAGCUGGUAACAGCCCUGAACGAAUGUUCAGAAUGGGGACAGACCUACAUCCUGGAAUCGCUCAUGUUUGUCGUUCCUCAGGAACCAGGCGACGCUGAAAUGUUGGCAGAGCGCAUUGCGCCUCGAUUGCAGCAUGCCAACUCUGCUGUAGUCUUGACGGCUGUCAAGGUUAUUGUCUAUCUCAUGAACUACAUGGCUAGGGACGAGGAUAUUGCCAACAUGUGCAAGAAGCUGUCACCUCCUCUCGUAACGCUGCUGUCGAGUGGACCCGAGGUUCAGUACGUUGGCCUGCGUAACAUCCUCCUCGUAAUCCAGAAGCACCCUGACAUCUUGAAGAAUGACAUCAAGAUCUUUUUCUGCAAAUACAACGACCCGAUCUACGUCAAAAUGGCUAAACUGGAGAUCAUGUUUCGUCUCGCCAGCGAACACAAUGUGGAGCAGGUCCUCUCAGAACUCAAAGAGUACGCAACAGAAGUCGACGUGGAUUUUGUUAGGAAGGCCGUUCGAUCCAUUGGAAGACUGGCGGUCAAGAUUGAGUCGACGGCACAGAAGUGUGUUGAGGCACUGCUGGAACUCAUCCAGACAAAGGUCAACUACGUGGUUCAGGAAUCGAUUGUAGUUAUUAAGGAUAUUUUCAGGAAAUACCCCAACCAGUACGAGAGUAUCAUUGGCAUUCUGUGCGAGAACUUGGACAACCUGGAUGAGCCAGAGGCGAAGGCUGCUAUGAUCUGGAUCAUCGGACAGUACGCGGACCGGAUAGAGAACUCUGAUGAGCUGCUGGACGACUUUUUGUACGCCUUCUUGGAGGAGACUGUGGAAGUGCAACUCGCUCUACUCACAGCUACCGUCAAGCUGUUCAUCAAACGACCCGCAGCAGGACAGGAUUUAGUGCCAAAGGUGCUCAAGUGGGCAACCGAGGAAGUCGACAACCCUGAUUUGAGAGAUCGAGGCUACAUUUACUGGCGAUUACUCUCCACAGAUGUCGCCGCAGCAAAGGCUGUGGUCCUUUCAGAGAAGCCCCAUAUCUCGACAGAGACGGAUAAUAUGGACCCGGUUCUGCUGGAAGAACUCUUGCUUCAUAUCGCAUCACUCUCCGCUAUCUAUCACAAGGCCCCUACGACGUUUAUCCCUCAUUGUAAACCUCGUUUCCUGAUCCCCUCGCCAACGCUACGGAGACAGAACUCUGGUAGAGGAACACUGAUCCACCAGGAUUCUUACGAGCAUCUCUACAACAACAAUAACGAUGCAGCAUCGCCCAAGCAGCCACAUCACCAACGGCUGUCAUACCACGAGCAGUCGUUCGAGCAGGUGGCCGAGGCCUCGAUCGGCAACCAAGAGUAUUACGAACAAAAGAUCAACGCCGAGAACCCAUACCGCACAGAUACCACAGCCGCCUCCGUGAGUAAGGGCGGCGGCGUUGAUUUGAUGUCCUUUGACCUGUGAAAGAACAAGCAGGGCGAAUGGCUUUAUGGACAGGAAUGAGAACUAGCAUUGAUAAUAAAACGUAGAAAACAACAUGCACCUUUGUUAUCAACUGUCGUACCAGCUCUAUCAUUAAAUUCCAAACAUGCACGCUUGAACCAUAUGCAGCCCAUUU